AUGUCUCACCAUUCAUCAACUGCCCUCACGCUCCGAUCAUCAAGAAAAUGUGGUAAAACUCAUUGUGAGAUUAAUUCAAUGGAUACUAUUCAACAGCUAUCAGAUUGGAAUAAUUCAGUUUUGAUUAAAACAUUGAAAAAACAUUUAACUAAUUUUUCUACUUUACCACCUCCUAAAAUUCUAUUUCCAUUGUUAUAUCCAAGCAAACCAAAAGAUGAAAAUGAUGAUGAUUAUUAUGAUGAUGAAGAAGAGGAAGAUGUUUCAGAUGGAUCUGAAUUUAAUCAUGUUUCUAAAGAGGAGGCAAGGAAAGUUAUUGAAAUGAUGUUUACAAAGGAUUUGGCCUAUAAUUCUGUUUUGAAAACUAGCUCAAAGGCAGCAAGUUUGGCAUCAAGUUUUAUUGAAAUAUUCGAAAGUUCAGAAGAAACUCCAAAUGAAACAAUUUAUUUUUCAAAUAGUGAGGUCAAUCCUACCCAUGGAAAACUCUACACAACUAGUAGUAAUUUAACAAAUGCAACUUUUGAUUCAGGAGUUUUAGCAAUGAAUUUGAAAUAUUUUGGUUUCAUUGUUAUUGAAGAUGAAGAUUAA